AUGGUUGUUCUCUCUGAACUCCUCUUAGAAGGAUCUUCAUCUUCUUCAUCAACUCAUAUUCAUAGUUCAUCAACUCAUGAUCAAAGAUAUGAUGUAUUUUUAAGUUUUAAAGGUGUUGACACUCGUCAUAGUUUCACUAAUCACCUUCAUAAGGCCCUCAUUGAUGCCGGUAUCAAUACCUUCUUGGAUGAUGAAGAGAAUGAAACUGUGGAAGAUCUGAAACCGGAACUGGAGAGUGCAAUUAAGGCAUCUCAGGCUUCUAUUAUCGUAUUGUCUAAAAAUUAUGCUUCAUCAACAUGGUGCCUCGAUGAAUUGGUGUUGAUCCUUGAACAGCGUAUCACAUCCAACCAUAUUGUUAUUCCUAUAUUUUAUCAGGUGGAGCCCACCCAUGUCAGAAAGCAACAAAGUAGCUUCGGUGAUGCAAUGGCUAAGCAUAAAGAGACAAUGGAGGAAGAGACAAAUGAAUAUAAAAGAAGUCAAUGGGCUCAAAAGAUAGUCCGAUGGAAUAAAGCGCUUAUAGAAGUUUCUAAUUUAAAAGGAAAGGACGUAAAAGGAAGGUGAAUAAUAUGGGAAGCGGAUUUGGUCCACAUCCUACUCCAAUAUGGUAUCACAGCGGAGCGUGUUACAAUGUUUUUCAUGUAUAUUUAUUAUAUUUAUACGUAUUCUUUUACGUAUAAAUACAUUUUUCU